GAACCAAGUCCGGUUCAAUCCACUAUCACAUCAUACGAAAACCAUUACCACAACCGAACCAAACAAACAAAAAAUGACCCUAAGAGCGCUAAUCCUCGGCUCGGGCAGCGGCAUCGGCGCUAGCCUAACCCAAAAACUCCAAUCGGAGGGCUACGCCGUUGCCACGCUCUCCCGCUCCGCCCCCGCCGGCACCCCCUCCAACCACCACAUAACCGCGGACCUGACCGCCUCUACGGACUUGAAAUCCCACAUCGCCUCCGCGGCCGCCGCCCUAGGCGGUUUCCCCAACGUGAUAGUGUACAAUGCUUGGGCCGCCACCUUCCCGCAGAACGAGGACAACUGGCUCGCCGAUAUAUCCACCGAAGCGGUCUCCAAGGAGCUCGCCGUGAACACGGUUUCGCUGUACGCGGCGGCGCAGGCGGCGGUGGAGGGGUGGGAGGGGUUGGGGAAGGAUGACGAUGGACCCAGGGUCCUGAUUUAUACGGGGAACCCGCUGCCGUGGAUUAACAUGCCGAAUUUUGUGAGUCUAGCUAUGGGGAAGAGUGCGAGCGCUACGCUCGUGGAGAGUCUUGUUGCCACGUAUGGCGCGAGUGGGAAGAGGUUUUAUUUUACCAUGCAGGUGGAUGAGAGGACGGGGGGGGUAUAUGAAGGGAUUGAUGGACCGGUCGUCGCGCAGGUGUAUUCGGACUUGAUUCAGCGGAAGGAGCAAGGGGGGUGGAAGAUUUCAUUUGACAAGAAGUUGAAGUUGUGGGAGAGUUAGAGGGUGGAUGCGAACCUGUGAGGGGGUUUAGGGACUAGCGGUCCGGUUUUUUUUGGGGGGGGAUGAUUUCUCUGGAAUAAACUAUGAUAUUGCGAGCA